AUAAAUGAAGCAUAAACAAACAUCGAAGAGAAACCUCGAAAUACCAAAAGACCGCUCAAGUUCCCAUACAUUGAGCUGGCCAAUCGUGUUUGAAAUUAUUUGUUUGAUCGAUUUUGUGCGGUGUGAACACCUUGUGAAGGCAUUUGCAAACCUAUUGCCAUAGCAAGCCAAGUGUGUUAAGCAGGAAAACACCCUCCAAAAAGUUUAUGUACUACCCCCUUCGAUCGAGUUAAUUAACCUGCCACAAGGAAACCGAGUCCAAUAUCUACCACUUCUGUUUCAAGCUUGUGUUUACGUGCUGCUGACUAAUUGCGUUUAUAUAGCCCGACUAUAUACAACUGUACAAUAAGACACGGCCAAUUGUUUUAGUUUGAACGCCUCAGUUAAAGCUGCAAAUUGCUUCGCUCUCAAGUGAAGUUCUAGAUUUUCGCAGCGCAAACGUUUUUCAAUUGAUUUUCAUUGAGUGAAAAAGACCCGGGAUCGCCUUCUUUUCGGUUUCCAAUUUCCAAUUGAACGCAAUUGCAGCAGACCCAUACAAAGUGAGCUGCAUUCCAAGUAGAGCAAGACAGUAACCACUUCAUCAUCACAACACCAGAUGCUGCAUAAUUAGCAUUCGUUGUGCGGAGCGUCGAAAAAAAAGAAGCGGAAAAUGUAUCUCAUACAGACUGUUCAGACCACUUGGCGGCCACAAUUGCCGCUGCCCAGGGAGCUUCAGCUGACCAAUGACCGGAACAGCGCCGACGACCACGAUUCGAAGGUGAUCACGACCACCACAACCACAGCGGAUAUCCAUCACCACCACCAGGAGGAGGACGAGGAAGAGGAUAUGGAUCGGCUUAGGGGCAACCACAGCAUUGGAGGAUCCUCGCAGCAGCUUUCCGGCAAACAGAAAUGGUCCUUCGGGAGGCUUUUUCGUAAAAAAAAGGAGGCCGAAAGUGCCUCCUCUAGCGAAGAAGAUCGCAAGGCGGGAUUCGUGCCUGCCCAGCGCCAGUCAGCCAGCAAGCCAAAGGGCAAAAAUGGCAAGGGAACGCGAGGUAGCAGCAAAUUCGAUCACAUUGUGGUGAGUCCGCGGCAAGAGCAGGCUCCACCACAUCCUCCCCAACCGCAUAUUGACGAUGAGUUCUUCUUGCCCUUGGAGUCUAUACAACCGGAACCCUACUAUCAGAAUCAGCCGGGCUACUAUCAGCGAUCGAGUAACUCCCUGGACAGGAGAUUACUGAUGCAGCCCGGAGUUCAGGGAAAUGGUUACCAGCAGCCCAAAUCACGAUCGGCACAGCGAGGUCCCAAGCCACCAGGAGCUCACUCCAGCGAAGAGGAACUGAUCUCGCUGAACUCCUCCACGUUCUCCAAAUACCGCAGCGAUGAGAGUAUCCAUCUGAGUGCCGCUGCUGGACAAAGUCGGCGCAGUCGAGCGGCCCGCAAUGAGCGUUACUACAAGAGAUUGUCCCGCGAUGGCGAACCGAGUCAUGGCGGAGCACCCGUUGUAGCCCAGCAGCGAUACAAAACCCAGCCACUGCCCUUGUCCAUCUACCAGCCAACGAAUGCCUCCACUGGCUAUGUCCAGUGGCAGCCACAGCCCCAGAAGAACCUGCAGAAUGCGAUGCAGAACGAUGGAAAGCGAAGCAUCAGCUACGACAGUCACAUACACCUGCAGAACAUGAAUGGAAGGAUGCAGAGCAAGCCAUUGCCACCACCACCGCCGCCAAGGGAUCCUCUGAGGAGAGUGCAUGUUGGAGGUUCCGGGCAGAUUGGUUCCAGCUCCGGAGACCUGCGUCCCGUGUCCUACGCCUUCGAUCACAAUAGUCGCUGUGCGUCGGAUGAUCGCAUUUGGCAGCCACCCCACUACCAGUCGGUGCAUUCGCUGAACUCCCAGCCCAGUUCGUCCAUAGUCAGUGCACCAGUGAGUCAACAGCAACCGCAUCACAGGAGAUUCAUUACGCGAUCCGAGAGGAACGCAAAUCCUGGCAAGCAAUCCCUGCCGAAUGGUAUUGACUUCCACUAUGUGGCAGAUGCAACACCACGCUCCAGAAAGCCCAUACACAUGAUGGAUGCAGGCAGGAUGGACAAUACAGGAGUGCCAGCAUCCAGUGGCAUAUUGCGAACCUCUAAGAGUGGGCUACCCACACCAAGUCCCGCUCCCCAGCAGCCCUUGGCCAAGCCGCGUUCGUUCUCCAGCUCGCGACUGAGUGAACUACGAACCUAUCCCAUGCCGAUGUACUCCGAGGUGCAGAAGCCUAAGAGGACUGCGCCACCAGUCAAUCCCUCGCCGAAUCAGGAUAACAUAGUGUGUGGGAGUCUGCACAUAAAACCCACCCAAGAGCAUGGAAACCAAAACUAUGUGGAGAUUCGUCAUCGGGAUGUGCAUAAGACCAACUCAAUGCCGCAUCAUUAUCAGAACCGGCGAUCUGGCGAGGAUUUACCCAACAAGUACGAGGAGUACGUGGCGGAGAAGAGGGAGCAGCAUCAACAGGCACCUCCCCCAGUUUAUCCGGAGCGCAAACUGAGCUCGACACCAGCAGUGGCACCACCACCUCCUGUGUACUUCCCCCGCAAGAAGCCGGCUAAUUUGGAGGAGGCCAUCAACGAACUGGAGGCCAUUUACAAGUCACUAGGACUCACUGAACCUGCCGAGCCCAAGCAGGAGCCAAGGCUGGAUAUUUCCUCCAAGAUGCGGGUGCCAACUCCCAGUGAUUUUGACAAGUUCGCUUUGGCGCAUGCUGAAGACUACGAGGAUGAAGAUUCGCCAACCGGAGAGCCUGACCCAAUCAGAGAUGAUGUGGCCUUCAGGAACCUACAGUUGGCCAAUCUGCAGCAUCGGCCCUCGGAGAAGCAGCCUCCAUUUGGCAUCCCAGUGGGCCCCAUCGUGCCUGCUCCGCAGUCCGAUUAUCUUCACGUGGAGCCAGUGAGGGUUAAGAAGAAGAGUGGCUCUCCUGACAUCAUUAAAGAUGAUCUGGCUGUGCGUUCAUUGCGAAAAGAUCCUCCUGGUCCCAAAUCCAGUUUUGUUUACCCAAUGCAAAAGAAGCAACGGGCUGUUCGCACCCAAUCGGCCAACAUAUACAAUCUGAUCCAAAGAGACGCCGCGAAACCGUCUGGUGGAGAUCUCAAGAGCUACAUGGAGCUGACUCGCAACCUUGAAAGAGCUGGCAGCAUGUCCAAUCUGCAGGGUGAGGAUGGCAGUGAUACCAAAGAUGUACCCGCCACACUGGAUCUUCUCCGCAAGUUAAAAGCUCAGGAUGAGGAACUGGACUUGGCUAGAAAGCACCACCCCAUACCGUUUAGGCAUCCCAGUCAGGGAGGCGCUAUUGCCCAACUGCCAGAGCGAUUGUCCAAAGAGGAAACACCCAAGGCAGCGCCUGUGCCAGCUCCCCGAAAGAGUCUGACUCCAGAGCCCAUGUUGGAUGAUGCUCUCAACAAGAUUGCCCAGGAUGCGCAGGCCAGCAGCAUUAAACUAAGUCAGGAACUCCACGAACUCCGCAAGGAGGCGUUGAUCACAGCUGCGAGGCCAAAGUUGAAUGCAGAGCAACAGAGGUUAGAGGAUGAACUGCAGCAGAUUGAAGCUGUCUCCGAGGCAGCCAAGCGUUGUGGCCAGAUGCUGCUCGAAACCCUGCCAGAUGCGGGACAGGAGGAUCAGGAACCUCAGGAUAAGCCCCUAAGGAAGCUACAUAAGGAAGGCAAGCUCAUCCGAGCCAUCGAUGAGGUCUCCGAAGCGGCUAAUGCGGUCUGUGAGAAGAUCCUCAAGGACAUAGUGACCACAGAGCCACCGGUGGUAGUUCAGGAAGCUUUCCAAGUGAAGCAGACCACAAAGACUGGACCAGGAGGUGAACAGCUGGUGAUGCCGCAUCUUAUCAAGAAACUAGAUCCCAUACAAUCCGACAAGAUCGAGCACAUCGCCAGACGAUGCAUGCGGCAGUUGAGCGAGCUGGCCAACAAUCCGGACUACGACAACUUGGCCACCUGUAAUACCACCAACGCCACGGGCGGAGCAGCCGCUGAUGCCACUCUCGUUUGUCCCGUUCCAGAGACCCAAGCCAAGGGCCAGACGCUCGAGGAGAUUGACAAGAUCAUGCAGGAGUGCGAGCGUCAGGCGAAGAGCAGCAGCUCAACCACUACCACCGAUGAUCAGCGCACCACCGCCCCCAGUCUGACGAGUGGGAGUGGCAGCGGGAGCUUCCCACCCAAUGUGAGCACCACCGCCAGUUCGUUCAGCUCAAGCAGCGACUGUUUGGCGAAGUCGUCGAGUCCCUCGCGCGCCAGCCGUCCGCUCUCCUCGAGCAUCACCUCCUUCAAUCCGUAUUCCUCCAGCGACUACAUCAAGUCGCAGAGCAGUGAUUGCCAUGCACCCAGCACCGAUCCGAUCAAGACAUUUAGCACCACCUCGUACGAGGUGCAGUCCACACCGCAGAGCACCACCAUUAGCACCAAUACGAUGAGCACGAGUCAGAGCAAUACGAUCAGUAGCACUACUAAUCCGAGUGUGGAGUCCAAGCCAUCCGCCCCAUCGGCAUCGCCGCCGCCCCUGCAGUUGACGCCAGUGGGUGAGCGGAGGGGCAGGAACCGGGAGCGGGGAGCUUCCUGCUCCUCCACAUCCUCACCGUCACAGUACAACUCCAGCGAGGAGCUGGCCGCCAUCUUUGGCAUCGAGGAGCAACCGAAGCAGCAGCGUCGCAGCCGGCUGACGCAUAAUGCCACAGAAACCAUUGCGGCCUCAAGUGACUUAUCCACAGCACCUGCCACUGCCAAAACUAGCUGCCAGCCACCUGAGCCGCUGAAACAGAAGCAACCGCAGCAGCAGACCACCAAGGACUCGGAGGACUCCAGCUCACAGAAGAGUGUCCCACUCCAGUCGUAUCGUGGUCAGCAUCCGCACUUCCACCACCACACCACGCCCGCCUACUACACGGAUCUGCAGCUGAGGAUCCACACGCCGAAUGCGUCGGAUGUGGGCGCCUUGAACGAGAACUAUCGAAGUGUCUACAGUACUCCGAGCACCCAGCUGGUGGAGCAGCGAUCGUUUCCGAAGAGCUCCACGGCCACGAAGGACCCACCGCUGCCCAUAAGCAAUCCGGCAAGGGGAACAUUUUUUCGUGGCGACUCUGCGUCCAGCGACAGCCACUCAAGACUCCGCCGGAGUCAGCAGCGAACCGGCAGCGAGGGACGCUUCUUCAGAUACUCUCAGGGAUCUGCGAGCCCUACCAAAGGUGAACCUCCCUUCGGCCACGAAGGUGGCGAGCAGCCACCCGUUGUCGCCAGUCACUCCCCCAUCACAUCCACCAGCACCACCACCAUCAGUAGUUGUAAUCCCGUAGUGCAGGCUAGUCCACCACCAACCGUAGCUAAUCCCAGCGGAUCCGGUCGCAACAGUCGGCACAAGCAGCGUUUCCAGAGUCGAUCUCGGCGUGCGGUGCGCGUGCGCAGUGAAUCGCGUCCAAUUAGCGCCCUCUACGACAUAAUAUGCAAGGAGAAGAACCUGGACAACAGCAGCAGCAGCAGCAGCAGCAACGAGCAGGAGAAGAAGAGGGAUCAGGAGCAGCCUAAGGCCACAACCGACAAGCUGGCGACCUUUUGGCCCCUGCACCAUCACUACCUCAAUCCCCCGAUGAGCAGCGGCAACUCGGGCGGCAGUAGCGGCAAUCCCAAGCAGCAGCAGCAACCGCAGCAGCAGCAGCAACUGCAACAGCAACAGCCGCAACAACAGCAAGAGCAGCUGGGACACCAGCAACACCUUGUGCUUGGAGCAUCCAAGGAGCUGCCCGCGGGCAGCAGCAGCAGCAGCGAUGAAGAGGGAUCGCUGCGAAAUCUGCACUCCAGUCGCAAGGUGACCAAUCUGAAUGCCAAGGCCACCUCCCUGCCACCCGAGGAGGGACUCUCGGGUGAUGUCUCCCUCGAGUCGUCCUCCAACCGACUGAAUCUGCGCCUGGCCAGGAGUCUGGAGCCCUCAGUCCGUAAUAUCACGGCAUCCGCUUCCCAGGAAGUGCAGAGCUAUGAUGCCGGCGAGCCUGUGAAUACCAAUCGAUUGUUUGUGGAACCCCCCAAGGUACCGCUGUCUGCCAUCAGAAACACACUUGGCGACCACGACCUGGAGAUCGAGGAGUGCGACAGCACCACCCAGUUCGGGCAGGAGGAUGUCUACGAUACCCUGGAACGCUGGAGCCAUGGGCUCUGCCCGGCGGCGCAGCUAGUGAACGGCGCGAAUGGCCACCAUCAAUCUGAUCCCGAAGCCGACCAUCACACCGAUCAUCAGCAUGCACAUCAAUCAUUGCCAGUAGAACCCAAGUCUCAUCAUCAUCAGCACCACCAGGCCACCAAUGCGCGCAGAUUCAUAACGCGCACCACGCGUUCCGCCAGUCGCCAGAGUUCCGCCGGACACUCCCCGCCUCCACCGCUGCAUCGCAGUGACGACUCCUCCAGCAGUUCACCCUCACCCACCCGCAGACGGAAUAAGCCAGCUGCUGCUCCUGCCGCCACCGAUCCACCAUCCUCGUCGGCGAACGGGAAUAGCUCCGCCUAUGAGACGGCAGCCACCACUGUGAUGACCCACGACCAGCAGCGACAUCCUCCAGUUGAAGUUCCUAAGGCUCUAGCCGUCGAGCCACCGCAGCCAGAAGACAUCGUCCCGGGCUCCUGCCCCACUGCAUCUGCCCACUCAGCAGCCAGCCAAAGUCGAGGAAAAGCUGGCAAAUGCAGUAUUAAUUGCACCUACAGCCACAGUCACAGCCACAGCACCAACAACAACUGCAACGCGCGGCAACGCAACAGCAACAGCAGCAACAACACCAGCAGCAAAAGCACUUGCAACAACAACAGCAAUAGCAAACAGCAACACGCCACGCCCAUGCCGCCCCUAGCUAAUGCCAACAAAGCUCCGUUAAUUGUGCUUAAGACAGCCGCAUCUGCAGCAGCAACAUCCAUUGCCGCAGCAGCAACAGCAGCCGCAUCCACCGGCACAGCAGCAACAUCUGCAACAUCUGCUGCUGCUGCUGCUGGUUCGCCCAUCAAGCGUCGCAAGAAUCCGCUGUCGCCGCUGCUCCUGGGCAGCCAGUGCCAGGCCACCAUUGCGCCUCCGCAGGCCAUUGCCAGUCCGCUGCUGAGCGGCGGCAGCUGCUCCUCCUCGACCACCUCGCCCCAAUCCUCGCCAGCGGUUCGCACCACCAAGGCGAGUCGUCUGCGCGCCGCCGCGCUUGAUAAAAAGAAGGAAGAGGAGCAGCGCCAGCGCUACAGCUCGCCCGUAUCGCCAAGAGCCGCCGGCAACGGAGCAGCCCAAGCACAUCCACAUCGACGUCUUAGCAGCUCGGAGCUGUCGCCCAAGUCGCCAGGUGGUGCCAGUGGAUUCGCCUCGGAGCCAGUCGCUUCAGCCACUUCCAACCGAGUCCCGGCCAGAUCCGCCUCCCAUCCCGUGGACACACCGCCCACACAGAGGCGACAGCCUUUGGUGGCCGUGGGCUCGGACAUCUCCAUGAAGCAGAGUCUCAGUGAACUGCACUUCACGGGCGGAGCAGUCAGUCCGCCCAAGGCUACGGCGGAAUGCACUCUGCGGAUGCGACCACGUAGCUCCACGAUGAGCACCGAGAAUACGGAGAAUGGCCGACGUGACCACUUGGCUAAUCUGCAACUGAGUCCUGUGCAAAAGCAAAAGCGAACGCCCGAAGUAUCACCACGUCGUUUGGGAGAUCGCGACAAGUCGGCCAAACGGAAAUCGAAUUUGAAUCGCUCGUUGACCGAGGAAGCCACCAAGGAUGGCGAUGAGGUCGCCUCUUCGACCCGCCGACGCCGACGUCGUGAGCUGGGAAUGGCUCGUCCAUUGGUGCCAGGCGAUGAUGAAGCCCUGCGAGAUUUGCUAACGCCGCAGAAGAGCUCCUGCAGCGAGUCCACCAACUCCAUAUCCGAACCCUACCUGAAGUUUGUGCCAGCCGUUCGUCAUCCGGAGGUCCCAGUACGCACCAUGACUGCUGUGCUGCCAGCACCACGACCCUUGCAUGCCCCAGGGGCCCGCAACGUCACCCAGAAGUUCAAUGAAAGGACCAAAACCGAUCUGGCGGAGAUCAAGAAGAUUGCCGAGCAGUCGGAGGCGCUGCAGCAACAGCCUUCGGUGGAUGAUAGCCAGAAAAUGUCAGCCAUAAUACGCAGGAAGAGCACGGACGAGGGUGGAGCCGCUUUGGGGGCAACGAACCAGAAUUCACCACCUGCCCCCAACCAAAUUGUAUCCAUACUGAAGAAGAAGGAGCACGGACUGGGCGAGUGCAACUCCAGCGCCUCGAGCAACCCCUCGCCGGUGACCUUCUCUUCCAGCGUGGUGGAUCACCCGUUGGCUGGAGCUGGCCGGUGCAAGCGGCAGGGAAUACUCAAGAAGAGAUCGAGUCUGGAUGAGUCACGCUACUACUCCCGGUCGCAUUCGCCCGACGAACGAAGUAUUCUCAUUAAGUCGGCCAGGAGGAAUUCCCUGGAGGAAGCGGGCACUGGACUGAGUCCGGCUCAGGCGCAUGGAAUUCUGAAGCAGAGCAGCUACGACAGCAGCAAGAGCGAUGGUUGCCCCUCGGCCACGGAGAGUCAGCCACACAGCAUCCUAAAGAAAAAGGACUCGCUAUCCACACCCUCGGAUGGAGGAUGCCACAAGCAUGUCUCUAUUUCGCAAGCUGUCACCUUGGCUGCAGCUGAACUGGCUGCCCAUGAUGGCAUCACCUUCGAGGAUGGCGAGGAGCAUGAGAUACGACCCAUCCUCAAGCAGGAGAGCACCUCCAGCGAGGAGGCUGUGCGUCCGCCGAAGCCCAUACUCAAAAAGAAAUCCUUUGGCGAGGCGGAUGAACACGAAAUACGGCCCAUACUCAAGAGCUCUCGUAAGAGCAGUCGAGAGGAGUUCGAUUUGAGUGGCUUGGAAAACGAGGUCAAUGAUUCCCUAUCGUCAAUCCUAAAGUCAGACUCGCCGUCCAAGCGUCGGUCGCUCGGUUCCGCUUUGCAUGAUUUGGACGAGUCCAGCACGUCGCCGAGCUUGCUAAAGAGGCGUACCCGUUCGCUGGAACGUCAAGAUGUCCAGCCUGGUAUGAAUUUGGCAGCUGCACUGGACGCCAUCGCCACCUCGCAGGCUGCUCCCAGCACGCCAGUGGACUUCGUGACCACACCAUCCAGCAUUUCGGUGGCGGAGCGGAUCAAGCGCAUGGAGAUGCUGUCGACGCCCACCUCCCGUGCGGCGGGUGGUGCCAACAGCAGCUGGGAAUCGCCACUGCAGGCAUCGUCAUCGGAACUGGGAGGACCCACCACCCCUAGGGUGCUCAAGCCAAGUGUGCUGCGCAGGGAUUUGCAGAGGGAGCGCUACAAAACGCAGCCCGUGACCAACGAGGAGAUGAGCUUCUUCAAAGCCAACUCCGCGCCCUUCGACAUCUCGGCCAGCUCGGCCUUCAAGCCCACCAAGCCGCUGGACAUCCGCUUGACCCACGCACCGCACCCACCGCUGAUUUCCCCGAUAACCGGCCAGCCACUCAGCCACGUGCCCGCCCCACUGCUGCUGUCCUCGUCGACGAACUCGGGAGCGGGAUCCUCGUUCCGCCUGGCCCGCAGCUCCACCCAGCCCCUGCAGUCGCCGCGAGUUGUCCACCUCGCCGGUCAGGCUACUGGUGGCCCCGCAUUGGCGCAAUCCUCGCUGUUGGCACGCCAGCACUCGAUCAACGACAGCAUCAAUCUCAGCGAGCAGCUACCCCUAUCCAUCGGCACGGACAGCGAGCACAUCUUUGAGAUGUCCGCCUUGGAGGAGGACUCGGCCAUCCAGUCGCUGAGCGACGAGACAGCCGCUUCCGCAUCUGCAAACUCAACCUCCACGACCACCGCAACCACCAUGACACCGCCCAGUGGCCUGACGCGGAGCAACAGCGUCCGGGCCAGGGCCAAUAUGUUCCAACAGUUGCAGGAGCAGUCGCGCAACCAACGGGCAACGGGAAGCUCCCGUCAAUCUCCACCAGCGUCGGCGGAGGUGUCCUCAAGUGCAGCCGACCAUUCCCUACGAAGUGACGAGCGGUCCACGCCAAACGCAACGAUGGAUGCGGAAUUCGGAAAACCAAACUCCGAGCCACUGAAGGGCAUUCUUAAGACGGGAAUGCCAGUGCUAGGUAUGGGACGCGGUUUAAUGCCCGUGGAUCUCAAUGCCGAGCUGAAGAACCGCCUCAAACGCUCCACCCAUGCCACGGUUUCCAAUCUCCGCAAAUCUGCCACCACGGCAGAUGCCACUAGAGCAGCUAGUGAUGAGGUGGACAAUCCGCAGAGGAACCUAGCCCAGAUCCUGAGGAACGUGUCCAAGGAGAACUCCACGCCGAAGCACGAUGAUGCCGUGAGUCUGGUGCGGAAUCUCUCCACCCUGGGACAACCUCGAUCGCUGGCCAGAGACGAUGCAGCCGGCAAUUGUGCCUCCGCAUCCGAAGGCGAGAGUUCGGGGGGUCGCGAGAUCGAGGCCAUAAUCAAGAACAGUGCUGUGGCCAGACGUCGCCGGCAGCAACAGCAGCAAUUGUCGCAGCAGCAGAAUCAGCCAGAUGGCAAUCUCGUUGCGAAAAGCAAAAGUCACUCGGGCAUAGCAGCACCCAUCGGCCUUGGCCCCCAGCUACCACCACUUCCCCUCGGCGGCGGCUUCGUUAAGUUGCGUCAUGUAGCCAAGGAGGAGGAUACCAGUAGCAGCAGCACCACAUCCUCCGCCAAGGAAUCGCCGGAUAAGAAGGAUCUCAGCCAGGAGCAGGCAGAAGCUUCGGGAGACUCAGCGCAGCCACAGUUUCUUCAAGGCGUCCAACGAUCAGCAACAGAGGUCAUGGGCCCCGAUCAGCGGUCUUUGGUGAUUUCGAAGACCGGCUCCAUUGCGGAGCGUUUGGCGGCACUCCACAAAAGUGGCGAGGACGACUGGAAGAAGCGCAUCUCGAAGCGCGACGAAGUCGACGAUGUGCACCGUGAAAACUUCGUAAACGAAUCGCUAUCUUUGGCCCACUCGCUGUCGGACAAACCACUGCCUCCAUCACCUUUGAUACCCACCAGCUUGGAGGGCGGCAAGGUCUCAGAUCGCUUGAGCAAACUGAAGUGCAACUCGGAGAACUGGAAGCAGCGCAUAGAGCAAACGGAUGCCAAGAAGUUCACAGUCGCUGGCCGACUGCAAAAGAAGGCCCAGUCCCCCGUGGAGCUUCAGUUCGAGCGCUCGGCCAACGAUGCGGCCAAGAAGUGCCCCAUGCUGGAGGUGCGCAGCGCCAAUCAGCCGCAACUGGGUCUGGCCAAGAGCCCCUCCAUGAUGGUCACCUCUAGCACCAAUAGCAGCAGCAAGACGGCGCUCCGCAGCCUGAGUGUGAAUCCCGAGGAGGAGGGACCCACCAGCCUGAGUCGCUCCAACAGCAGCAGCUCGGAGUCCGAUGGCGAGCGCAACUCGCCUCACAAUGCCAAGCAGAACAAGGAGCUGGCCAACAACAAGAGUGCCGCAGCACCCACCAAUGUGGGCGCCAGGAUUCAAGUGCCCCGGCUGGACGACAAGGAAACGUUCGAGAACUUCUUCUCUUCCAAGCCGAAAAAGGAGGAGAACGUUGAGCUCGAGAUCAGCGCCUUCGAUGACAUCAAGCCCACUGAGCGUUUGGUAAGCAAGCGCCACGUGCAGGGUCCCAAAGGUCGACGAGCUGCACGCAAUCCUCUCAAGAGUUUGGCUGCUCGUGAGGACAUCAGCUCCGAGUACACAGAAAUGAGGUCGGGCAUAGCCGAGCGGGAACUGCGACGCCUCAAGCUGGAGUCAUAUGGUCAUAAUGCCAACUUGGCUGCAGAGGCCAUAGCCGGAUUAGCCUCCAUUGAGGACUUCAAGUCUGUGGCACUCCGCUCCUCGUCAAUUCCACUGCAGCAGAUGUGGCUGCCCCACAAGCCAGUGAUGCUGCUCCAUGUCAAGGGACGCACCCAUGUCCAAACCCGACUGGUGGAACCCGUGCACACCUCUCUGAACCGUGGUGAUUGCUUCAUCCUGGUCGCCGGAUCGCAGCUCUUCCGCUACGUUGGAUCCUUCGCCAACGUAAUUGAAAUCUCCCGCAGCAAGAAGAUCUGCGCUGCCAUUGUGGAGAACAAGGAUCUCGGAUGCACCGCCAGCCAGGAGGUGAUCCUCACGGAUGGCAAGUAUUUGAAGGAGCGCCAGUGGCGUCAGUUCUGGCAACUUCUGGGCAGAAAGGAGGAUGACCAAUCGGACAUAGCCGAAUGCGGUCAUGCCGACGAAGAUGACGUGUUCGAAAGCAGUCUGAUCGAGACCAACAAGAUCUACGAGUACCAGGAUGAGGCCCUCGUUCCGAUGGACAAAUUCUGGGGCUGCAUCCCCAAGGUGGACAUGUUGGACACGCGUAAAGUGUUGGUCUUCGACUUUGGCAGUGAAUUGUAUGUGUGGAAUGGCAAGAAUGCCCCUUCGGAUGCCAAGCGGGCUGCCAUAAGAUUGGCCCAGGAACACUUUGGUGCUGAGAACUCCGCGGAUUACGCCGACUGCUACUUGAAUCCCCUGAACUAUGUCGCCAUAGUGGGUCGUCGUGAGAACACCAAGUAUGCCAAGAGGUGCGCUCAGCGUCCAGAAUGGUGUGUUCUCGGCAAGAUCACCCUGAACAUGGAGACGGUGCUGUUCAAGGAGAAGUUCAGUGACUGGCCAGAGAUAGAACGCGAGGAUCUGGAGAAGGAUUACCUUUCAAACGGAGUGCAUAUGGUGCGUGCCUUAAACGGAACCGCGCUGCACAAGGGAGAACCGUACCAGGAACCAAAUCUGGUGCUCGAGCAGGCUAAUUUGGGGCGUGGCAAUUUCUACUACGACACGGACACCAUGCGGCACUUCGAUGUGAUCACCAAGUCCACGGACAAAUGGCAGAUCCACGAGUUCAACUUUGAUGCGGCCAACAAUCGCGACGACUACGGUCACUUCUACUCGGCGGAGAGCUAUAUAGUGCGCUGGAUCUACCAGAUUUCGGUCACGGUUCGCGAACUCAGUGGCAAAGUGUCGAACAGAAGCACUGUGGGUCGGGACCGGUGUGUCUAUUUCACCUGGCAAGGUCAGGACUCGAGUGCCAACGAGAAGGGUGCGGCUGCCUUGCUGACCGUGGAGUUGGACAAGGAGAAAGGCGCACAGAUGCGGGUGUCGCAGGGAGAUGAGUGCACAGCUUUCGUCCGCCUGUUCCGGCAAAUGUGGCAGCAUCGUGGACGCAAGGAGCAAUGCCUGGAGAGGCGCAGCGAGUGGAGGCUCUACCAACUGCAGGGCAACGUCAACGAGGAGUCCAUCAUCAAGGAAGUCGUCUGCGAGUCCAGUCAUUUGCGAUCCCGCAGCUCCAUGCUCUUAAUUCACGGCAGUCAGGGCAGUGUAAUUGUCUGGCACGGAUCGAAGAGUGCUGCUCACACUCGUAACGUGGCCGUAGGAGUUGCUCAGGAUCUGAUCAAGACGGUGCCUAAAGAUCUCUUCAGCGCCGAAGCUGCCAACUUAACCGAGGUGGAGGAGGGUUCCGAAGACGAUCAGUGCAAGAAGGCCCUGGGACUGCAGGAUGAACGAAAUGAAUACGGCAGCCUGCUUAAGGCCACCAAGUCGUUCGAUUACCAAUUAAGGAUCUUCAACUUCUCCAGCACCCAGGGUGUUUUCAAAGCGCUUGAACUGAGUGACCCGCUGCGCUGCCAGGAUCUGCACAGUCCUUAUCCAUUUAGCCAGUCGCAGCUGUACAAUGCAAGGCAGCCGACUAUCUUUUUGCUGGACGACGGCGAUGAGUUGUGGCUCUGGAUGGGAUGGUGGCCUCUGGAGGAUGUGAAGAUAAACACCGAUGAACGCAGCAGUCCCACCAACGACAAUCGCGCUGGAGUAAAUCGCUGGAUCUCAGAGAGACGUGCUGCCCUCGAGACAGCCGUUGACUAUUGGCGUGCCAAGCACGGCGAGGACGAGAAAGAGCCCUUCCACGGCAUCAAAGGCCAGGUUGUGUGGGCAGGCCUGGAGCCACUGGCCUUCCAGGCGCUAUUUCCCGACUGGACAGAACGUCCGGAUGUAAGGGAAAUCAACGAAGAGGAUGGGCGAACUGAUGCUUCCAUAUCGAUCGGCACAAUGCUGGCACAAAUGACACAGACCGAGUAUCCCCUGGAGGUCCUCAAAGCGCGCCCACUGCCCGAAGGUGUGGAGCCCACCCGUCUGGAGGUCUACCUUAAUGCGGAGGACUUCCAGGCGGCACUGGGAUGCAGCCGGGCGGAAUUCGAGCAGCUGCCCAUCUGGAAACAGACCAAGCUGAAGAAGGAGCGAGGGCUGUUCUAGGAGAGAGGCACAAUGCAACUUUAUAGACUUGAACACAAUCACAAAACACAAACCAAUCACUUUUAUAAGCACUUUUUGUAGGCGGCGAUGCUUUUGCAACGGACACAGACAGAUCUGAACUAUCGUAUUCUAUAGGCCUAUAUAGUAUAGCAUAUACACACGUGCGCAUAUCCCUAUGUACUCUCUAUUUUACACAUAUUACAUAGCCUUUAUAUAUGUAACGACUAUUAUGCAAGUGCACGAUGCCAGGCAAUAAAUUUCAACUCGCUUCAUUCGGUAGCUGUGCGGAGUAUCGAGUUCUUCUAUUAUACACCUGUACAUAAUAUUAAGUUGAGUUGUUUUACCAUUAUUUUAUUUAAUAUUUUAUCGAUUUAACGAAAUUGCAUUUGUUCAAUCUCUGCAAACACCAAAAAGCCGACGAGCUCUCUCGUUAUGUCAUUGUUUUCAAUUCGAAAUCAUUUUAAUGUUAGCUUUAUUUCCUAAUUGUAUAACUAUGUAUUUGUGUUUAUAUUAUGUUAAAAACUAUUGCGCAUAUUUAAUUUUUAUUAAAUAACAUUUCAUUUUAUUUUAA